AGUGAUGCCCAUCCUGGUUUGCUGCUCAUUUGCAGAUUUUUAUUUUCAAUUUUCUUGCAGGUUAUCUUCAAAAAAGAGAAGACACAGUUCCUCAAGCCCCAAAAGCAAAAGAAAGGAAGAAAGAAAACACAAAAAACAUGCUCGUAGUCAGCCACGAAAGUCCCAACGCCACCACCACCACCAUUACCGCUCUGGCUCAGAGAGCACUAAUUCCUUCUCGGAAAGCUGCGGAAGCAGGCCUAGAGCCAGGUUCCAGGAGGAAAGCCGUAAGACUAAAUGGAAGCGGUCCCAGCAUUCUUCAAAAAGCUCUAGGAAGUCAAAUGGCUCCACAGAGGUGACAGACCCCCUUCUCCUCAGCCACGCCACCCAGAACAACAGCUUUCCCUCUGCCACGGAAGUUAUUUCAGAGUCUGUGUCUUCUGCUGUCCUCUUUAAAAAAGCAGAAGGUCAUCUUGGCCAGCUAGCCAGACAGAAGUUGAAUGGAGAACGGUAUGAAUAUGACUCAGGAAAUGAUACUUCUUCCCCUCCGUCUACUCAGACAAGCUCAUCCAGGUCAAAGGGCAGCCAAGAAACAAGCUGUCAAGUCCAUGAUGGCUUUGGCCAGGCCUUCUCUUCUGAGAAGGUCAGCAGUGGCAGCAGCUCUGAUUCAGGAAACUCCUUCACCAGCUGCUUCUCUCGGACUAAGGGAGCAACUUUGGAAGAUCCACACCCAUCUCCACAUACUCGAGCAAAGCAUCAAAGAAGACAGCCAUUGCAAUCUGUUAGACACUCAGAGAAGAAGAAACACAGUCCAGCCUCCAUCCCUUUUUCCAGCUCCCCACAUAGGUCACCUGUCCGGAAUGAGUCCUCCAUCAGCGGAUCAUCGCCAGAGUCCAACCAUUCCCACUCGUUGCAUCACAAGGCAGGACCCAGGUCCUCCCAAAGCCGAUCCUGCUCCUCAGGGACAAGAUCCUAUUCACGUUCCCCCAGCUAUUCAUCCAAGUCAUGCAAGAGAAGUUCCAGAAGUCGGAGCUCAAGAACACGCCGAAGCCCCAGCUAUUCUCGAUACAGUCCUGGCAGGGAUCGUGAACGAGAUCACAGAUAUGGUUCCAGUGGGAAAGAGUCUCACCGGCACUGUGAUCGGCGACGUCGCAAACAGUCUUAUUCCCCCAUGAGGAAACGCAGAAGAGAUUCUCCUAGCCACCUGGAAGCACGGCGCAUAACAAGUGCCCGGAAGCGCCCCAUCCCCUACUAUAGACCCAGCCCUUCCUCCUCCUCAUCCCCUAGCAGCGCAAGCAGCUAUUCCUCUUGGUACAGCAACUUCAGCCACUCUCCCAGCCGCAGUCGCAGCAUCUCCAGCAACAGGACCAGCCGCAGCAGGAGCUGGAGCAGUAGCAGCUGCAACGGCAGCCGUAGCCGUAGCUCAGGGGCAAGGAACAGCCGGCGAAGCUGCAGCAGGAGUUCCGAAUCAGCAGGCAGUUGCAAUAGCAUGCGGCAUUAGCGGCCAUCCUGUACCAGAUGGGCUUUCCUUUUUGCCCCCUGCUCCAAGUCAGACUGAUGGUCAAGAGCAAGACCAAAUGGUAGUUUCCAUAAUGACUGGACACAGAACAUCCUCACCUGGUAACCGAGCGCUUGGGGAGCAUCCCUUUUUCCUUGGAAAGCCAGCCAUGCAGCUGGUGCUUGUCAGUUGUGGACCACUGGACACCCAGCACAAACUAGAUUGCCCUGCGCAUCUCUCCUGCAGGAACUGAAAAUGCCGAAAUCGCACAGUCCAGUCCUUAAAGUUCUCACCAGCUUGCUGCGUCCUCCUCCUCGUAAUUGCACCUCUGCCCUAGUCCCCUCACCACUCAGGAGGUCAUGUGGCAGGCUCCCAAUGCUCCCAAAGAAGGGAAUACUUUGCUGUUCUCAUCUGCUAUGACCCUCUUCUCUGCCCUCUGACUAGCUGCAGCCACAUCCUCAUUCUGUCGCCACCGCCUUCCAAGUGAGUUCCAUGCCAUUAUGGUGGCUGCUCAGCCCCACCUGGGAGGGGGCGUUACUUUAUCUUUCCUAGUAAACCAAACAAUUGCAGAAGUAUUCCUUUGUGGUGAGUGGCCAAGGGACCAAUCAUGACAAACUAGCCAAAUAUUUUUCCUGGUCUCUCCUGGGACAUAUUUCUUGUGUCAAGAGAGCCUCAGCAUCUAACCAAUUGCACACAGUAGAUAAAAACAUGGUUCCUCUCCCUGGAUUGCUUACCUCUGAAGAAAUCCAAGGGCCUAAAUGUGUUAGAGGCCAUUCUGAGUUCUUUCAAAA